AGCCACGCCUUUCUUAAUUUUUAAUUAGACACAAUGCUGGUAAACAAGCUAUUAAGGCCUUGCCUGAGGAUACACAAAUCCACUGCAAUUUUUUGUUGCAACAAUUUAUCGACUGAACCAAGUACAAAAUCAAUGAAAAUACAAGAAAUAGCGACAUGUUUUCAUAUAGAUAAAGAUUACGCUCUAAAGACUCUAAAAAGAGCAUAUGGAAAUGACUACCAAUCAACAAACCUUAUGUCGAUUAAGGAAGCAGAGAGGGUCGCUGUUGAAAUAGUGAGAAAAAUACAGAAGAAGACUCCCCAAUUAAAACCACGCCCACCGAUUGUUACAGUGAUGGGUCACGUUGAUCAUGGAAAGACCACACUACUGGAUCGAUUAAGAAACACUUCAGUGGCAGCCGGUGAACCUGGAGGCAUUACUCAACAUAUUGGAGCCUUCUCUGUUCCAAUGGCAUCUGGUAGGACCAUUACUUUUCUUGAUACUCCUGGUCAUGCUGCUUUCUCAGCAAUGAGAUCUCGAGGAGUGAAUGUAACUGAUAUCAUUGUACUAGUGAUAGCAGCCAACGAUGGGAUAAUGCCACAGACGCUGGAGUGUAUUGAAAUGGCACAAGAAGCUAAAGUUCCAAUAGUCGUUGCCAUCAAUAAGUGUGACAAACAUGGGGAGAAUUCGGCAAGGAUUAAGCAGGAGUUGUUGGAUUAUAGUGUGCAAUUGGAAGAGUUUGGAGGCGAGGCCCAGUGCGUAGAGAUAUCAGCUCUCACUGGUAAAGGAAUGGAGACACUUGAGGAAGCUAUACUAAUACAAUCUGAUAUGAUGAAUCUAAAAUCUGACCCAAAUACACUAGCUGAUGGAGUUAUAAUAGAAACAAAGACAGCUAAAGGACUAGGACCAGUAGCAACAGUUCUGGUUCAGAGGGGUACUCUUAAGAAAGGUUGUGUCUUAGUCUGUGGAGACGUUUGGGCUCAAGUGCGUUCAAUGUACAAUGAAAGAGGAACUCUAAUUGAUGAAGCACCUCCCUCCACUCCAGUACUUGCUGCUGGCUGGAAGGACCUACCACAAAUCGGGCAGGAGUGUUUUCAGGUAAAGAGCAGAGCUGAGGCUCAAAAAGUACUUAAUCUUUUCAGCGAAUUGUGGAGGAGAGACAUGGAAGAGAAAGAGAGAGAGAAGAUCAGCUUGAAACAGAAAGAAGAGAGGAAAAACGUGAAGAGGGAGGAGAGAGAGUCACGAGGACAAAGAGUUAGAAGGAUAACGAGAGUGAUACAGGAGGAAAGGAGGGAAAGAGCAGAAAGAAAGAGAAAGGGGAGUGAGACAUCACAAGCGUCAGUUAUUAUUAAGAGUGAUGUGGCUGGAUCACUGGAGGCAGUGGAAGAGAUACUAGUAUCAAAUCAACCGACUCAAAUGAAAGUAGAAAUCAUUCAAACAGGAGUCGGUAAUGUUAUUGAAGAUGAUAUUGAAGUUGCUGAAACAUUCAAAGGUGUAAUAUUAGCUUAUAAUGUAUCAGUUAGUAAAGCAGUGAGUCAGAUGGCAGCUGUAAAGGGAGUAACCAUUAUCUCCCAUAACGUCAUCUAUAAACUAAUGGAACAAUUAAAGGAUUGGUUACAGGACCAACUCCCCACAGUGACAGAGACUGAGGUGAUAGGAGAAGCAGUGGUACUCAAAGUGUUCCAACUGGGUGGAUCCAAAGCUGCAGCAAUAGGAGGCUGUCGUGUGAAGAAAGGACAACUGGUCAAAGACGGGAUUUACCAGUUGAUGAGAGGAAAUGAAGUAAUACAUGAAGGGAAACUGAUUAGCAUGAAGAGAAAUAAAGAUGACAUUCAGAAAGCAGCAAAGGAAACCGAGUGUGGACUCUGUUUUGAGAUUGAUCCAGGCUGGGAGGAAGGGGACACUGUGGUCUGUCUCAAAAGAAAACAAGUCCCACAAACUUUAGAAUGGGAUUUAGGAUUCUGAGCACUUUACACGCAUCAUAAAAAUAUUUAAAAAUUUCCAUUCUAUAUGAAACGUUAGAUUGCCA